AUGUUGAACUGUAUGAAAAUGCUUGGUCGAUGCACGAGCCUCAAACGCGAAAUGUUCUACUGCUUUGUGCUUGCUUCUAUGGCUGUUCUCUCAACCGCCUCCGCGGUCAAAAGAGAUGAGUGUGGAUUUCUACAUGGAAUUAGUACUAAGCGUGCUGGACGAUUAAUACCGUACCUCACUGAACAAAUCAAGCGCCAUUGCACGGAGCACUUAAGAAAUGGUCAGAUGCAGUACAACUGCAACCAGGAAGAAACUGCGAGCUUAUAUGCAGACAUGAAAGAUCUACGUUCCAAUGAAAUCCAAUUGGAGAUGUAUGCUCAUGUCUGGGAGACGCAGCAAGAAUUUGCACAAGCAAUUCCAAAGUUCGUAAAGCGUGGACUUUGCACGCAAAUAAAAGAAGAGAACUUGACAGAUUAUGGAUGCGCAAGUGCUAAGUAUGCUUAUCGCUCCAACACAAUACCAGGUGGAGGAAUGAGGUUCAAAGAUCUUCUCAUUUGUAAAUUUGACGCCCCGAAAAGUGUGAUAGACUUUUUCAAAUAG